AUGGCCUCUGGUGUGGAGGAGGAGCUUCAGUGUCAGAUUUGCCUGGACAUGUUUAAGAACCCAGUGAUAUUGUCGUGUAGCCACAGCUUCUGCAAAGUCUGCCUGGAGACCUGGUGGACAAACAAAGCCACAAAGGAAUGCCCCACCUGCAAAGAAAAACAUGUCCGAGCCGACGUCAACAAUCUACCGUCGAACCUGGCGCUGAGAAAGCUCUGUGAGGCGUUCCAAGAGCAGAAAGCCAACGUAGCCGCCACUCCUCUUUGCACUUUGCAUUUGGAAAAACUCAAACUUUUCUGCUUGGACCAUCUGCAGCCUGUGUGUCUCGUUUGUCAGGCCUCCAAAGCACACAACAAUCACACAUUUAAACCCAUAGAUGAGGCUGCGCAGGACUACCGAGAGGAGCUUUGUGAAGAAAAUAAACGGCUGAAAAACAAGCUAAAGCAGCGUGAAAUUCAACUCAAGAAAUAUGGCGAAUUAAGCAAGUAUUUAGACGUCCAGGCGCUUCGAACGCAAACGCAAAUACAAGAGGAGUUCGCAAAGCUUUACUUGUUUUUACGCAAAGAGGAACAGGAAAGGUUGGCAGUUUUGAGAGAGGAGAAGACCCUGAAGAUGCGCAAGAUUACUGAAAAGAUAGAUAUCAUAACAACAGACAUUCUAUCUCUAAGAAAAGCAAUUGAAGCUUUAGCCGGGGAGGUGCAGGCCGGAGAUGUCAGGUUUUUGAGCAAUUAUAAGGACAUUGUGGAACAGGUGGACAAGAUGAAAGAGUUUGAUUCUGUGGAUGGGCAGAAGAUUAGCGCCAGAGCUCUGAUAGAUGAAGCCAAACAUUUGUUGAAUCUUGGGGGAGACACACUACUGAGCAAAACCACAGAAGAAACGUCUCCAAACCUCCGGGCGCCAAAGUACGUGUCUCAGAAGAUCAGCAAAACAAGAUGGAGACCUGUGUCACACGCCAAUCUGCAGCAGCCGGAGGUCUUUGCCACUGGCUCAUGGGACAACGAGGACAACAAGGUCUCCAUUUGGACCAUUGGGAGUAAUGGAGUGUCUGAUAUGGACGACGGGUUCGAAGGAGACCCUCAGCUCCUGUGUGAAAUCAGGCACGACGGCGACGUCCUGGAUCUGCAGUUUUUGGAUCCAGAGAGAAUGGUCACAGCGUCGUCGACAGGAGCAGUUACUAUUUUCCGGCAUCAUCCAAACAACCAGACUUUAUCCGUGUCUCACAGCUGGACUCACGCACACAACUACCCCAGUGACAACGCACCCUGCACCGGCGUCGUGUGCAGCAGUCCAGAGGUCGUCACGGUCGGAGAAGACGGGAGAAUAAUCACCUUCAGAGCCGACCACGAAACCGUGACCCGAGUUAUUGAGAAUGCGGACAGCAGCACUAUCCACGCCGUCACCUACUUAAAAACCUCCGAGAUCCUCACCGUGAACUCCAUCGGCCAACUGAAGCUGUGGGACCUGAGACAGCAGGGCAGCUCCCCGUCGCAGAUCCUCUCUCUGUCGGGAGACAGAGUUCCUCUUCAUUGUGUUGGGAGACAUCCGAACCAGCAGCACAUCGUGGCGACAGGCGGCCAGGACGGGAUGCUCUGUGUGUGGGACGUGAGGCAGGGGAGCGCGCCCUUCUCACUCAUGGAGGCGCAUUCAGCUGAAAUGUGGGAGGUCCACUUCCAUCCAACCAACCCGGACCAUCUCUUCACCUGCUCAGAGGACGGCUCACUCCUCCAUUGGGAAACCUCAUCCCCAGACACACCCUCAUUCCUCCAAGGAGGCAGGAGCAGCAGCAUCAUGUCCCGCAGUGCCAUGGCCCCAGCCGGAGGGAACCAGUCCCUCAUCAGUGCUUGGCUCAACGGCGACUCCAGCAAAGGCCGCCUGGAGACCACCCACAUGCUGCCGAGCCAGACGCUGUCCGUGAACAGCCUGGACAUUCUGGGACAGUGUCUCGUUUGUGGGACGGACGAAGAAGCCAUCUUUGUUUAUCGACAGACAUCCCAGGAAUUCAACACCACCAGAAGCGAGCAGCCCGAGGAUAACAAGGGCAUUUUAACUCCAACACACCCUCUGAACCCAAACACAGACUAUGGACUCAUGAUCCUGUCUCUCAUAUCGCCCUGGGAAGCUCUAUCGGCAACAGAAGAGGAGACGACGAACCAAUGA